GCCUGCCCAGUGGUGACCCCGCUUGGGCCCUGCCUGGAGGAGAAGCACAGCAUCCACAGCCGCCCGUGGUUGCGGUGCUUGGGCGCCGGCGAGGCGGCCACCGCGAUGGUUGGCCACGUCGGUUCCGACGCGUCCACCGCCUCCAGCGCCUCCAACGCCUCCACCAGCUCCUCCGCGGCCAGGCUCCACCGCCUCGGCACAGGCCAUUCAUCCAGCGGCGGGGCGGCGCCGGACGGCCUGAACCUCGGCCGCUCCGGGCCGCCCGGGCUGUUCCGCGCCGUGGCGCACCUCAGCUUGGCGGCUGCAACAGGGGCGGGCACGGUCGGUCCCCCGACGCUGGCGGCGCCGUUCCGCGCGCGGCCGCCGGACCCCUGGACUCCGAGGCGGCUGCCGCCUGCGCCGACGCGGCGGCCGCCGGUGAGGCGGCAGCCGCCGUUGGCCCUUGGCCGGCCGCAGCGGCUCUGGCGCGCUCGGCCUGCCGCCCUGGCGGCCGGUGCCGUUCCCGCUUCCUCCUGGCCGCCACCCGCGGCGGCAAUUCGGCAGGGCGCCGCCGCGGCGGGCGCCUGCUUCGGGCAGUGCGCUGCCGCUGCCGCUGCUGGCCCGCUGCCGGCCCAGCCGCCGCCGCCGCCACUGGCGCGGUCGGCCCCGACCUCUCGCGGCGUCACCGCUGCUGCCGCCACCAGCUCGCCUGCGGCCGGCGGCGGCCCCUGGCGCGCCGGCCUGCCCGCCUUGGCCGCCGACGCUGGCGGCUCGCGCGAGGCGGCCGCCGCGGCUCUCGCCCCUGCGGGCGAGGGGCCCGCCUUGGCGGCCGCCGCCGAUGCCAAUAUUGCCGCCGCUGCCGCUGCCGAGGCCUGCUCCCCGCUCGCCGCGGCGGCGGCGGAGGUCGCGGCAGCCAGCGCCGCUGCGGUCGUCUGCGACGACGAAGAGGACCUGGAAGAUGAGGGCGUGAGGAUCGAGAUGCAGGGCGCAGGGAAAUAUUUUGGAAGGGCGGUCUAUGCCGCCGCCUGGGGCCAGAUGCACGGGGGCGCAGUCGCUGCCUGGAUGCAGGGUGCCAGCGCCCGCCGAAGAUGGGCCCCUGACACCAAUGCGGAGUGGGACCUUCUGCGCUACUGCACCUCCUUCGCCGAGGCCCACCGCUUCCUGCGCUUCCUCGUGAACGGGCUGCCCAGGUCUGCCCGCCGGAGGACUGGGGCCCUUGGCCCGCUGCCUAGCUGCUACAUCUGCGCACCCGGGCCUCCCCUGGCCCCGGGGUCCACCCAAGUUCACCUCUUCCAGGCCCUCCUGUGCCCGUGGGUGCGGUGGGUCUACUUCAACGGGCGCUGGCGCGUCUGCUGCGAGCCAUGUCAGAAGGAAGUGCACGACAAGGGCCACUUCGCCAGCCCUGACCACCUCGACGAGCUCGCGCGCCACCGGAUCGACGGAUUGCCCGACCCCAAGACCUACACCUGCGGAGGCCACUUCUGGUCCCGCCUGGCUGGCGGAAAGCAAGACGAGGCCUCGGGGCAGAUCGUUGAGCGCUCGCGCUGGCCAGGCUGGAAGCUCACGGAAGCCGCAAUUGUGGAUGGCUAUUGGCACAUCUGGGGCAUUCGCUUCCCCGACGCCUUGGCCCGCAUCUCCGCCGGCUGCCCGCUGCCCAUGAUGGACAGGGGCUACGCGUGCCCCCCUGGCGCCGUGGUCGACCCCGCUGCGCGGGCACGCAGCCGCCCCUCCCGCAGCCCCGGGCCCCUGACUUGGGCGGGGUCCCACGCUCAGUCUUCUCCCGACGCCCCCCAGCUCGCGGACGCGCUCGAAAUCCAGCAGCUGUUCCGGCACCUCGCAUCGCACCCCGCGGUCAGGAUGCUCGCCAGGGUUCCCGUCUGUCGCAUCCCGGGCGCCGUCGACCCACCCCCGGAAUGGCCCUGCGCCCUGCGAGACCGAGAUACCUCCCUGGGCAAGGCGUCCGACCCCAUAUGCCGAGUCGACAGGGCCCCGUCCGAGCUACAGUAUUGGAAACUCCACCACGCCAUCUCGGAUAUCAACAUGCGGAGCCACGAACCACGGGGCCCCUGUGGCGCCCCCGUCGCCGCUCUCACGUUCACCCUCGGGUUCAGGAGCGCUGAGGUCGCAGACAAGCAGGCCGCCAACAAGGAAAAGGGCCUGUUCGAGGACAACGUCGGCUUCCCCCACGCCUCCGUUCGAUUCGCUCGCCGGGAGAGAGUCGAUCGGGAACUGGUCCACCUCGCCCCAGAAGGGCGCUGCCAAACUGCCCGCGGGGCGUAUCCCCCUGAACACGGUGGCAAUACCGUGUUCAAUUCCUACAAGAAGCAGCUGCUCCAACGGGCAUGUGCAGUCUUCGCGACGCACGAGGCCGCCGCAGAGUUGGGCGGCAAGGACCUCGCCCACAGGCAGCUCGAGUACCUCGCGGGCGUCCUCAUGGUUCGCGCCGAGGACUUGAGGGAUGACUGCGACGGGCUCCACCCCCACGUCCAAAACACGCACGUGAACGACGGCCGCCGCACUUUGCUGGUGGACAAUAAAUGGUAUGAGCUCACGUCCCUCCUAGCCGAAGGGUGCGCUAGCAUUCCAGAGGCCGCCCUCACGGUCGACCUCGUUCGAGCCCUCCUACCGACGCUGGAAGACGGUCUCACCGUCAAGGUCGCUGUUCCAUACAGGCUGCAGAAGGGGAUCCUCAAGCACGUACUGCCGCUCAGCCCCCUCGCCCGGCAAAUCGCCAUGAGAGACGACAAGAACACCGACGGGCCCGACUCCGACAACCGCCCCCCCUGGGGCCGCUCGCCCGCGGCCUCGGUUCAGGCCUCCGCGCGCGCGGACCCGGUGCCUAGCCCCAUGGGCCCAGACGGCGCCCCCGAGAGGCAAGGUCUCUGGGUGCGUUUUCGCCCCCGCCCCGGCCGCGGCCCCGGGGGCCGCCCUGAGCUGCCGACCGCCCCCUCCUUUGACCCCGUUCACGACCUCGCUUCGCGGGCCCCGCCUGGGCCCGACACCCUUGCCGCCGGCGGUGCGGACGAGGCCGAGGUCAAGAUCGACCAGGCUGUGGCCAAAAUGGGAGAGGAACGCGCCGAGAGCUUCAACGCGCACUUCAGCCUCCCCCCAGACGAUGACUUCCGCUGGGGCGACCACGGCCGUCAGCUCGGCGAUCCUGGCCACGGCCACUCCGAGGAAUCGAGCCUGGGCCUGCACCCUGCUGGCUUGGAUAUCGAAGCAUCGGAUGACGUCGACAAUAUCAAACAAGAUAUAAGUGAUAUGCAGAAGAAAGAUGAGGAGCUCGAGCAAAGCAUCAAGGAGCUUCGCAAUUUGAUUACGAAUCUUAGCCAGAAGGCGCCGGUGAAGUCAUAUCCGGGAGUAUACGAGAGGGGCAAUAGGGAUCAGCAGGUCAUCGCAACUUGCUUGAAGAAGGCGCAGGACGAGGAAUACGCCAUUCGGCAGGAACUGACGGCCGACGUCCGGGGCGCGAUCAGAGCAAUGAAGACAGACAAAACGUGUUCAGACGAUGGCAUCGUCGCAGAGAUGCCCAAAGAAAGUGGCGUGGACGUUCAAGCGGGCGAGGUUUUGAAAUUGGGCCAGCGCCGUUUAUCUCGAUGCAGCUGCUCCGCCGGCUUCGAAGUCCUGGGCGCGAUCGUGUCAGUGAAUGGGAGCGCGCGCGCGGAAUUCGCUGGCCGCAUAAGAGUUGCCCGGGCAAAGUACCAGUCAUUCCGCUCGCUUCUGCAGACGCGUGCGGCUUCAGAAAUGAAGCGCUUGUUACUCUUCGACUCCGCAGUGUCGAAGUCGGCGCCGCGGUGCGCAGAGCCCUGGGAACUUACGGUCGCGCAGGCGAGGAAAUUGCGGUCCACGCAGAGGUGCGAGUGCCAGUUCCCCGCUAUUCCAGCGGCGGCUGAGAUCUGCGAGCCCGUAUUUGAAAUCUUCCGAGAGGCCGUGGGGCGCCCCGUGGCGCGCCCUGCCGCGCCGGCGUGUUCGCGCCCGGCGACGCCCUCCUGUCCAGACUGCGCGCGCGGGGGCGCACCCCUGGAGGGCCCGCCCUCGAGCGGGGGGGCGCUGUCGAUCGAGAUCUCGGUCAAACUGGACUUUGUCUUGUUCACCCUGGGCUUCCUCGCCGGGGUGGUGCCGGUGGUCAUCGCGCGCCUUGACGACCAGAGCGGGGAGCUGCUGGACGAGGAGGUGCCGCGCGGGCGGGAGGGCCAGCCGCUGGCGGCCAGUGAUGAGGCUGGAGGCGUUGACGAGCAGGACUGCGAGCCCCGCGACGCGCCGCGCCCCGCCGCGAUGGGCGGCUCCCGCUCCAGCGGGGCGUCCAGCGGCUCGGAGGCGCUGGCGGCCUGGCAGGGGCCCUUCGUGCCGCCGGCGUGGGACCCGUGCUGGGCCUCGCCGGCCUCCACGCUGCCCAAGGGGGGAAACCUCACCGCCAGGCGGGCGCCCCAGGACUGGGCCACCAGCACGCUGCUGAUGUCGCAGCGGCUGCCUGCGGCCGCGGAUGCGGCCGGGGACCAGCAGGGCGCGGAAGGCCAAAAGGACCCGCCCGCCAGCGCCCGCGGCCCGCGCGAGCAGCCGCGCGCCGCCAAGGUGCCGCUCGGCUCGAGGCCGCGCCCUGAGGCCCUGGCCGUGGCGAGCAUCCCCGGCUACGGGGGCCACCUGCCGGGCCUCGCCGCGGGCAACGUCUGCGGCCUCUCGCACCGGCUGGGGAACGUCGAGGCGCUCAAGCGUGAGCGCGGCGCCGCCGCCAGCGUCUCCAGGGCGUGGACCGCCGCCGCGACGCCGGGCGCCGGGGCGCCGCGCGCGCUGACCGAACCCCGGCUCGGCGCGAGGCGCCAGCUGGCCAGCCUGCCGGGCUACGCGGGCCACGUGCCUGGCCGCGUUGCGGAGCACCCGUUCGGGGCGUCCUUCCGGCGGGAGAACGUCAUGUGCCUCGAGGUUGGUGAUGGUGGCCUUGUUCUUCUGGCUCUUGGUCUCGUCGACGGCGGCUCCCCCCCCCCCCCCGCAUAAGCCGGGGUCCCUGUGAGCACAUCGGGAUUGCCGCCUUCACAGGCUCUGGAGUGACCAGUCCUGUGCAUAGCCCUGCGUAGUCGUAGACGGUGGCGUAAUGUUCCGCGAUGUAGUUCCUCUGCUUCAGUGCCUCUUGCAGCUCGUCGGUGAUGUAUUUG